AUGCGGCGGAACGUGGAGGUGAAGGCGCGGCUGAGGGCGCGGGAGGCAGCGCUGGGGGCGGCCCUCAGGCUGAGGGGGCUGCGCCGGCCGGGCCGGGAGCGCCCCGCGGCCGGGCCGGGCGAGGGGCAGGAGCCGCCCCCGGAGUGCCCCGCGGCCGGGCCGGGCACGGCCGGGCCGGGCACGGGUGAGGGGCAGGAGCCGCUCCCGGUGUGCCCCGGGGCCGGGCCGGGCACGGGUGAGGGGCAGGAGCCGCCCCAGGUGUGUCCCGCGGCCGGGCCGGGCACGGGUGAGGGGCAGGAGCCGCCCCCGGAGUGUCCCGGGGCCGGGCCGGGCACGGGUGAGGGGCAGGAGCCGCCCCAGGUGUGUCCCGGAGCCGGGCCGGGCACGGGUGAGGGGCAGGAGCCGCUCCCGGUGUGCCCCGGGGCCGGGCCGGGCACGGGUGAGGGGCAGGAGCCGCUCCAGGUGUGUCCCGGGGCCGGGCAGGUGCUGCUCCAGACCGACACGUUCUUCCGGGUGCCGCGGGGGCGGCUCAAGCUGCGCCGGACACAGGACGGCCGGGGGGAGCUGAUUUUCUACGAGCGCCCCGACAGCGCCGGCCCCAAACUGUCCAGGUUCAGCAUCACGCCCACGGCCGACCCCGAGGGGCUGCAGGCGGUGCUGUCGCAGUCCCUGGGCGUGCUGGGCACGGUGAGGAAGGAGCGGCUGCUGUUCCUGCUGGGCCAGACCCGGCUGCACCUGGACCGCGUGCAGGGGCUCGGGGACUUCCUGGAGCUGGAGGUGGUGCUGCGGCCGGAGCAGAGCGAGGAGGACGGGCAGCGCCUGGCGCGGGAGCUGCUGCGGGAGCUCGGCGUCGGGGAGCGCGACCUCGUCUCCGGGGCCUACCUGGACCUGCUGCUGGCACGGGGGGACAGCGGGGACACCCCCCUGUGCCACCCCCCGGCCGGCCAGGGCCAGCAGGGCUGAGGGCAGGGGGGGCUGCUGGCUGUGCCCACCCUAUAAACGUGCUGUGACCCUUAUGGACACCCUGUGCCCACCCCAUGGACACCCUGUGCCUUGCCCCACCCCAUAAACACCCUGUGCCCACCCUAUAAACAUCCUGUGACCCUUGUGGACACCCUGUGCCCACCCUAUAAACACCCUGUGCCCACCCUAUAAACAUCCUGUGACCCUUGUGGACACCCUGUGCCCACCCUAUAAACACCCUGUGCCCACCCUAUAAACAUCCUGUGACCCUUAUGGACACCCUGUGCCCACCCUAUAAACGUGCUGUGACCCUAUGGACACCCU